CGCUUUUCCACAUGUGGCGCCCAAGUGGAGGCGCCACCAGCCGAAAAGUGCUGAGCUUUGCCGUUCUACUCGUCGCCGCUAUCUGCCGAAUUUCACAGCCAAUUGAGGCCCGCGUUUUGCCCUCGCCGACAUACAACGGCAGCCACGACGAUGCUGAGCUCCCGUCUGCUGACGAUCCGCCAGGAACGAGUGCCAAUCCGACGAUGAUGGAGAAGGGUGGAAGCGAACAAUAUCAACAGCACCGUCACAUUUUGGUGGUGGUUCAACGGUCCCUGACAAGCGCCGGGGUCGUCGCGUUGGAGCGCGAAUUUCACGAUUUUGUCAAACUGUUUUUUGUCGAUCAAGGCGAGCCCGAUGUUGAAGAGCUACGGCAACGAGUGCGCUUCCGACGUUGGCGAGAUCUGACCAGCUUCGAAAGAUGGCUGUCCGAUUCAUCCAUCUCCGGGGUGUUGUACAUAUCCGGUGACGACGUGGAUGCUAUGUCAACAAUCGGAUACUGUGACAGUUUAUCAUCCCAUCUUACGUCCACCUACGGCAAGCCAGUUCUAUUUUGGCCGUGUCCUCGAAUGCAGAGAACCGAAAAGUUUAUCCCAUCCUUCGAGACCGUGUCAUUUGCCGUCAAAAGUAUUUCCCAGCAGUUUAAUUGGACCGAAGCAAUCCUGUUCGCUGCCGACUCAAACUGGGCGCUUCCACUGGCACUUGCCACCAACCUCCACAUCCCCUACCGGAUUGUCCUGGAAGGCGACGAGCUCAAGCUGCAUGAACGUGACAUCAGCAGACGGGUGAUAAUCGUUUGCUCGUCCAUCAAUUCACCGCAGACAAUUAAAGCAAUCAAUCAACUGAAAACGCUCCGUCGAACCAAGAUUCUGCUGCUGGACACGAUUGGGACAAUCUUCAACAGCAACAACGCACUCUACCGGGGCAUCGUUCACGACGGAACGUGGAACGAUGGCGGCCAGACAAGCCGCAACCUGCUGGUGCUGACAAUCCUGACCGAACAUUUCAAAUCCGCCCUGCGGCAUGUGCACGGCGUCGACCUGGGCGACUAUCGGCACAUUAGUGAACGGCUGUUGAAAAUUCGACUCGAUGUCAACGGGGUCGACGAUGAAGCUGAUGAUGACGCUGACAAUCGAACGAAUGGCAAUGUUGCUUCCGGGCAGCCUCAUAAUCGAUUAGUGGAAGAAGCCAACGCCGGAAGUCGAGAUUCGCUUGAAAGUCUAAUUAAUUCAACAAACCUGACCUCAUCGGGGUGCGAUUUCAAUUAUUUUCUCGCCGACGACGCAAGAAAUUUGGACCAGCUACAGGAUCUGGCAGUGAGCCAAUUACGCUGUCAAACGAUCCUGGACGGCUAUUGUGACUUCCAAGACGAUGACAGCGCUAUUGACACAAAUUAUCUCAAUCCAGUGACAGCAGACGAGCUCCUGGCGAACAGUAGCAGUGAAGUGUGGAAUCAAAGUUCGGUAGCGGGAAUCGAUCGGCGGGAGAUGAAUAUCGAGCGGUUUUGUGUGCUUCUGAGUGAGAAAUACAAAAAAAUGGUGCUAACGGGAGAUGAGACUUCUAAUAGCUUUAACAGUUCACGACCAGUGACGACUAGUGGUAGUAGAUUAAUCUUUAGUGAAAAUUUCUAUCUGUACGAUUACAUCCUAGCAAUAGAACGCGACCAGCGAUAUCAGCAUUCGCACUAUCAUCAUCAAUAUCAGUUCGACUUUAUAGUGUUCGACCUAAAGAACAUAUCGCACCACCGGACUACGAUAGUGUGGCGACCGUUUCUGAUCCUGCGUCAGGAUCAACUGAACCGUCAGAAAUUUAGCAUGCAUCCGGUUCAACCGGGUUACAGUGAUUGGAUGAUUGAGGCAACGAUUGAGUCGUUUUGGAUCUGCGGAUUGUUGUGCUGGUGCGUGAUAGCGAUCGUGGUGCUGAUAAUUGUCGCGAUCAUCUUCGCCAGUGUGGUGUUCAGCAUCGCUGUCAGGAACUAUCUUCUGAAAAACCGGCUCUCCAAGGGACCAAACAAAAUCGUUCUUUCGCCAUCGGAUUUCGUCUUUCCGGUCGACAUGAGAAGGGUUGACGAAGGUAUCGAAGCAAUGCUGUGCUGCUGGCUCCAGCAGCUGCAGGAGUUUGGAGGACCUGAAGUGGAAAAACCGGACCUCCUGAAAGGGUCGAUAGGCUCAUUGAAAAAUUUGGGUCUUCCUGUUCCACCGAAAACGGGCUCCGGUAGUGAUACUAUGGUGCGACACAACACCACCAUUGCCGGGGCACUGGAGUUUAAAGCUCGAUAUAACGGGGAUUUAGUGCAGCUAAAGGAAAUCCCUUCCGCCACCGGUUCGUCAUCCUCGCAGGAGCUCAGAGCAAAAGCAAUGGAUCUGCUCGUUGUGGCACAUGGCUUACGGCAUGAGAAUAUUAAUCCGCUAAUAGGAUGGCUGAAUGAACCCACCCGAACGGCAUUGGUGUUCGAACACUGUUCGCGUGGUUCGCUGCAGGAUGUGCUCAUCAUGGAUGACAUAAAGCUCGAUUGGUCUUUUCGGUUGAGUUUGUUGACGGAUCUGGUACGAGGAAUGCGUUACCUUCAUGGUUCACCGAUCCGAGUCCACGGAACGCUAUCUUCACGUAACUGCGUGGUGGACGCCCGGUGGGUACUCAAAAUCACCGAUUACGGCAUGUUGAACUUUUACGAAGCGCAAGGUAUUACCCCCGUGUCGAAAAGUGCCAAGGAUCUGCUCUGGACGGCACCGGAAGCCCUCCGGGCCACCAAGGGUUAUCCCAGGGGAGGCACACAGUCCGCCGAUGUAUACGCAUUCGGAAUCAUCAUGCAGGAAGUGGUCGUUCGGGGAGAACCGUACUGCAUGCUGUCUCUGUCGCCGGAAGAAAUCAUAGCAAAAAUCAAAAAACCACCCCCACUCAUACGUCCGUCCGUGUCGAAGGGAGCGGCCCCACCGGAAGCAAUCAACAUCAUGCGGCAGUGCUGGGCCGAAAGCCCCGAAAUGAGACCUGAUUUCGUGAUGAUCUGUGAACGAUUUAAGCAAUUAAAUCACGGCCGGAAGGUGAACUUCGUGGACACCAUGUUUCAAAUGUUGGAGAAGUAUUCCAACAACCUGGAGGAGCUGAUCCGGGAGCGAACCGAGCAGCUCGAUAUGGAACGCAAAAAGACUGAACAAUUGCUUAACAGGAUGCUUCCAAGCUCCGUAGCCGAACGCCUCAAGCUGGGACUCGCCGUCGAACCGGAAGAGUUUUCCGAAGUAACAAUCUACUUCAGCGACAUCGUUGGUUUCACGACGAUAUCCGCCCACUGCACUCCCGUCCAGGUGGUGGACCUACUGAACGACCUCUAUACCUGCUUCGAUGCCACCAUCAACGCCUACAACGUUUACAAGGUGGAAACGAUCGGCGAUGCCUACAUGGUUGUGGGGGGCCUGCCAGUGCGAACGCCAGACCAUGCAGAACAAAUUGCCACGAUGGCGCUGGACCUGCUACACCAGAGCGGCAAUUUCAAGGUUCGCCACCUGCCGGGUGUUCCACUGCAGCUCCGCAUCGGAUUACAUACAGGUCCAUGCUGUGCCGGUGUCGUCGGGUUGACAAUGCCCCGAUACUGCCUGUUUGGUGACACGGUCAACACGGCUUCCCGCAUGGAGUCAACAGGAUCCUCGUGGCGCAUUCACAUGUCCCAACAGACCUGCAACCUUUUGGAGCAGGCCGGAGGAUACAUAAUCGAGCCACGUGGGCCAAUCGAAAUCAAGGGUAAGGGAAAAAUGCACACCUACUGGUUACUCGGAAAAAAGGGCUUCGACAAAGUGCUUCCACCACCUCCACCUAUUGGAGAAUCACAUGGAUUGGACAUUGCAAUCCUGCGAAAAUCAUUGUUCCAGUCGGAACAAAAUAAUCAACAACAGUAUACGGUGGCAUCGGGAAGCCACAACGGUUCCACCGCCAAUCAUUCGUCCAGCCACUCUCCCUCUGUGGCGGGCGAGUCAAUAGACGUGAAGGUAGAAAUUACUCCACCAGUAGCGUGCGACAAUCCACACUUGGCGCAAUCAUUUUCGAUUGACUCCAACUCGAGCAACGCCAACAACUGCACACUCAAUAUGACAGAUUUCCAAUCCAAAACAGCACUGCCGAGCCCUCAGGCAAGAAAACUGUCCGAGAUCGUAACCGACACAGCGUUUCUCAGUGCCAACUCCAGCUUCAACCGGUUGAAUCCUUCUCCACCUGGUACGACCUCAACCAGAUUGAUCAAACGAAUCGAAGAACUUAUGGAUCUGAGCUCACCAUAUAACUAUUAUAAGUGUCUCAGCCCUAGUGAAAGCAAUCUCUCCCAGUGUAUAGACAACCGCUAUCAUGGGUACCAAAUAAAUCGCAUAGACUGCUCCAGUAAACCGGGUUCGACGCGUUUCCUCAGGCGCCAAUUCAGCCUAGACAAAGAUGACGUUUCGUCGGCGAUGAUUACCAGUCAAAAAGCAACACUUGACACCAUCUCUUCCAUAUCGAUCGACAAAGAACAGCUGGCUCGUAUGGGAACUCUAUCAUCAGUGCCCUCCAUUACAUCCACGACCUCCAUAUCCUUGGGUUCCAAACAGCAGAGGGCCAUCCACAAGCAGCAAUCUGCCAGCGUAGCACAGGACUUGGAGAAAAUCGAAGAAAUCCCCAUAUCUCCGCAGUCGUUUCUGUUGAACCACACAAACACCAGUAGCAAUAGCACCUCGAGUCUGACCUCUGAUGUGAACGAUAAGACGCGAACGCGGACCUCGAUCCACAACGGCAAGGAGCUUUGUCUGAGCAUCGAGGCUCUGGGGUUGAGGUGAACGGAGCUGGACCGUUUGCGGUCUGGCUAUCCUCGAUCAUUCAGCAGUCUGGAGCGAUGAGGUUCGAUACCGAGCUUAGACAAAUCCAACGGCGAAUGGUACUUUGGUUUUCACUCGAUACUGUUUCACGGUGGUCCUGUUCACGGUUCUGAACUAGUACCAGUGCAAAUUUCCAUUUGAUUGUUGUACAUUUUUUCUCUGGAAAAUGGCUAAAAAUGUACUGUUCUUGGAGCAUUUUGUGUAACGUCAAAUGGGGCUACUUGUCACACUUUUGAUUUUCGACAUCAAUGAGGCAGUCGAAGAAGUACUCUACCCAAUAGCCUAACGGGAGCGAGUAAAAUGCGCCAUGCAUCUAACUUUACCGAAAUAGCGAUAGGAUUGAUUCGAAGGAAAAGAAAUCAUUGCAACAUACGCACGGACAACAAGUAUAUCGCUAAAAGCUGUAAAUAAUUCCAGCAAA